AUGGCCGCGUCGGAGUCCGUGCCGAAGGGCGGCAGCGGCGGCGGGGGCGCGCCGAGGCCGCACGGCCACCUGGCGCUCCCCGCGGGGCGGGUCCGCGAGGGGCUGGCGUUCGCGGCGGGCGCCGUGGUGGCCGCGCUCGUGCUCCUCUCCUCGUCCUCCGUGCUCGCGCCGCCGCCCGUGCCCAACAUCGUCUCCGUCCCCGUGCCGUCGUCGUCCUCCAACGCCGGCGCCGCCUCUUCCUCCCCCGCCUCGGACGCCGCCGCCGCCGUGGCCGCCGUCGGGAAGGGCCCGCGCACGUUCUACGACGACCCGGAGCUGUCGUACGCCGUGGGGGUGGGGGCGGGGGCGGGGGCGGGGCAACGGCGGUGGCGGCGGCGCGUCAUCACAGACUGGGACGCGAACCGCGCGGCGUGGCUGCGGACGCGGGGCCUGGACGGCGCGGCGGCGGUGGCGGGGCGGGUGGUGAUGGUGACUGGGUCGCAGCCGGAGCCGUGCAAGGGCGCCGGCGGCGACCACGCGCUGCUGCGGUUCCUCAAGAACAAGCUGGACUACUGCCGGCUCCACGGGAUCGAGCUCCUCUACAACACGGCGCUGCUGGAGCCGUCCAUGGUGGCGUACUGGGCCAAGAUCCCCGCAGUGCGCGCCGCGAUGCUGGCGCACCCGGACGCCGAGUGGGUGUGGUGGGUGGACGCCGACGCCGUGUUCACGGACAUGGACUUCUCCCUCCCGCUGGCGCGCUACAACCGCCACGGCCACAACCUGGUGGUGUACGGGUGGGAGCGGGAGGUGUACGCGGAGGAGAGGCCGUCGUGGGUGGGGCUGAACGCGGGCGUGUUCCUCAUCCGCAACUGCCAGUGGUCGCUGGACCUCAUGGACGCGUGGGCGCGCAUGGGCCCGCCGUCGCCGGAGUACGCGCGGUGGGGGAAGACGCUGCGGGAGGAGCUGGACGGGAAGCCCAACGACGAGUCGGACGACCAGUCGGCGCUCGUGUACCUGCUGUCCAGGCACCCGGAGCGGGUGCGGUGGGCCAACGCCACGUUCCUCGAGUCCGGGUACUACUUCCAGGGGUACUGGGCGGAGAUCGUGGACCGGCUCGACGGCGUCGCGACGCGGUACGAGGCUGUGGAGCGCACGGCCCGCGCCGGGCUCGGGCUCCGCCGCCGCCACGCGGAGCGCGAGCACCUCCUGUACGCGGCGGCGCGGCGCGAGGCCGUGAGGCGGCGCGAUGGGAACGGCGUCCCCGGGCCCGAUGGCGGCGGGCAGAAGGGGUGGCGCCGCCCGUUCGUGACGCACUUCACGGGGUGCCAGCCCUGCGGCGGCGCGCCCAACCGGAUGUACACGCGGAGGCGGUGCGCCGAGGGGAUCCGCCGCGCGCUGGCGUUCGCGGACGACCAGGUGCUCCGCGCGUACGGGUUCCGCCGCGCCGCGCCGCUCAGCGACAGCGUCACGCCGCUGCCGUUCGACUACCCCGCCGCGCACUGA